AUGCAAGAUAUAUAGAUUUCUGAAAUUUAGAAUGAAUUUAAGUAUUUAGAAAAGCACAAGUAGAUGAUCACUCCUAUUCUCAUUGAUCAUAAAUUAAAUAAAUAGGAAAGAUUCUUAUGUUAAGAAUGUUUUGAUAAGAGACAUUAAGUAUCUGAGAGUAUGGGUGGAAAAGAAGAUAAAUUAAUCAAAAAGAGGAAAAUAAUAAAUGAAAUUGCAGAUUAAUAUAGUGAAAUAAUUUAGUAAUACAAUAACAAUCUAGAAAAUUUAAGGACUAAAUUAACAUCUGCUAUUGAAAUAAUUAUUGAUGCCAAUAAAAAUUGGAUUAGAGAAUUGAAUUAAACAAAAAUAAGAUACUGUAUUUAUAGCUUUAUUGAUGAAUUAGAUGAUUAAAUUAGGAAUAUAUAAUAAUAUUUGCAUACAUUUUAAUUUGAUUUUUUUGAUAAGGUAUAUUAUUCAUAAUUAAAUAAGUUAAAAAUAGGAAUUAAAUAAUGA